CCAAACUCUCAAUCGCACCGAGAAAAAUCUCCUAGCGAUCGAAGCGAAGCCUCUCCCGAUCCUCUCAAGAUGCAGAUCUUUGUGAAGACCCUCACCGGCAAGACCAUCACGCUCGAGGUCGAGUCCUCGGACACGAUCGACAACGUGAAGGCCAAGAUCCAGGACAAGGAGGGCAUCCCCCCGGACCAGCAGCGCCUUAUCUUCGCGGGCAAGCAGCUCGAGGAUGGCCGCACCCUGGCUGACUACAACAUCCAGAAGGAGUCCACACUCCACCUGGUGCUCAGGCUGCGUGGUGGCAUGCAGAUCUUUGUCAAGACCCUCACCGGCAAGACCAUCACGCUCGAGGUCGAGUCCUCUGACACAAUCGACAACGUGAAGGCCAAGAUCCAGGACAAGGAGGGCAUCCCCCCGGACCAGCAGCGACUCAUCUUCGCGGGCAAGCAGCUUGAGGAUGGCCGCACCCUGGCUGACUACAACAUCCAGAAGGAGUCCACACUCCACUUGGUGCUCAGGCUGCGUGGUGGCAUGCAGAUCUUUGUCAAGACCCUCACCGGCAAGACCAUCACGCUCGAGGUCGAGUCUUCUGACACCAUCGACAACGUGAAGGCAAAGAUCCAGGACAAGGAGGGCAUCCCCCCGGACCAGCAGAGGCUCAUCUUCGCUGGCAAGCAGCUUGAGGAUGGCCGCACCCUGGCUGACUACAACAUCCAAAAGGAGUCCACCCUCCACCUGGUGCUGAGGCUCCGUGGUGGCAUGCAGAUCUUUGUCAAGACCCUCACUGGCAAGACCAUCACCCUCGAGGUUGAGUCUUCGGACACAAUUGACAAUGUCAAGGCGAAGAUCCAGGACAAGGAGGGCAUUCCCCCGGACCAGCAGCGUCUCAUCUUUGCUGGCAAGCAGCUCGAAGAUGGCCGUACCCUGGCUGACUACAACAUCCAGAAGGAGUCGACCCUUCACCUUGUCCUCCGCCUCCGCGGUGGCAUGCAGAUCUUCGUGAAGACCCUCACAGGCAAGACCAUCACGCUUGAAGUUGAGUCAUCUGACACUAUUGACAAUGUGAAGGCCAAGAUCCAGGACAAGGAAGGCAUCCCCCCAGACCAGCAGCGUCUCAUAUUCGCUGGUAAGCAGCUUGAGGAUGGCCGCACCCUGGCGGACUACAACAUCCAGAAGGAGUCCACCCUUCACCUGGUGCUCCGCCUCCGUGGUGGCCAGUAAGUGCCUGUCCAUGGACUUGCUUCUGUCUGGGUUCACAAGUCUGGUUCAGGGUGUCCUCCGGUGGAGUUGUCGCGUGUCUGAGUCUUAUCUUUGAUCUGAUCGUGUGUUUGUUCCUACAGUACUGUCGUCAGUGUUAUGCCUGUGUACCA